ACCUUGUGGUUUUUCAUCUGUCAUUUGUCAUGUUUGUAUGGUCGUAUUGGAAGACAAUUUUCACAUCUCCUGCAUCCCCCUCUAAUGAGUUCUGCUUGUCAAAAGCUGAUAAAGAACAAUAUGAAAAAGAAGAGAGACCAGAAUCCCAGCAGGAGAUUUUGAGAAGAGCUGCUAAAGACUUACCUAUCUAUACGACAACAGCAUCGGGAGCAAUCAGAUAUUGUGAUCGAUGCCAGCUAAUCAAACCUGACCGCUGCCACCACUGUUCUGCAUGUGACAUAUGUGUACUAAAAAUGGACCACCACUGCCCAUGGGUGAAUAAUUGUGUGGGAUUUUCUAACUACAAAUUCUUCCUCCUGUUUUUAAUGUAUUCCUUACUGUACUGUCUGUUUGUUGCCACUACAGUCUUGCAGUACUUCAUAAAGUUUUGGACAAAUGAAUUGCCAGAUACCCAUGCAAAAUUCCACGUACUAUUCCUUUUCUUUGUGGCAGCCAUGUUCUUCAUCAGCAUACUGUCACUCUUCAGCUACCACUGCUGGCUAGUUGGCAAAAACAGAUCAACCAUAGAAACAUUCCGUGCACCCACAUUUCGAAAUGGCCCUGAUAAAAAUGGCUUUUCUCUUGGAUGCAGCAAAAAUCUAAGGGAGGUUUUCGGAGAUGAAAAGAAGUAUUGGCUACUCCCUAUAUUUACCAGUUUGGGUGACGGGUGUAAUUUUCCAACUCGUUUGGUGAUUAUGGAUCCAGAGCAACUUACUGUCUCAAGCCAAAAUGAACCUGCCAAAAGCUCUGGAGCCAAUCAGUCCUUUCCUCCUCGACCACUAAGUGAAUCACAAAAUCGAUUGCUAGCCAGUGACAGUCAGUGGGUGGAAAGUGGCCCUGAAGAGGAAAAUGUUAAAUCAGGUUUCUGCAACACAUUUUGUGCUUGAAUAUUACUUAAUUUUGUUUGGAAGAAGUUGAUCAGUAAAAAAUGGAACAUGAACAUUUUAGGAAGAGACAAGAAAUUCAAGUUUCUGCACAGUACGAUGGAUUCUUGUAAGCUCUAUUGCAGAGCAGGGAAGUUAAGACAGAUGCCUUAAGAUUCUUAAUGUGCAUUUAUGCAACACUGAAUUAUAUACUGCUACCAAAGGGCCAAAUCCUGAAGUGCCCUGCUCGGAUGCACAAGGUCCAGAGUGGGA